CAGACGCACGGUCAAGGAUGGGGUCACCUGAAUAUUUAAUAGACGAUCGCAUUUAUAUAGAACUAUUGGAUACGGCUAGGCAAACAUUCUUAUGUGUCUUGAAAUUUAAAGACGAUCGCUUCUACAAAGAUUAACUGGAUACAGCAAGGGCAACAUUUAUGACAUGGCGACACUUCAAGUAUUGGUCUUAGUGUUGGUCAGUUUCUUCUGCAUCGGACACUGCGACGAUAAAAAAGGCUACAAGUGUCUGAGUGGGGACGAGUGUGGGAGUGACACAGACUCCAACUCCGUCACAGACGUCAAUGGCGUUAAAUACUGCUGCAAGGACAAUGACGUCAUGACGCUCUCCAAAUCGUCGGCGUCGUCCAGCUUCGUCUCAGAAUUCAGCAAGCGGGACGCUCCGAACGACGUAGAUACCGACGACGACACGGACACCGACAGUGAUAGUGAUGCGGAUAGCGACAACAGCACGGAUACCGACAACAGCCCGGAUACCGACAGCGGCGCGGAUAGCGACAACAGCACGGAUACCGACAGCGGCGCGGAUGACGGGGAGUUGAAGUGUGUCUGUGGCCUAAAGAGCCGGGACAAGCUGGCCGAGGAGGUCCAUGAGAAGGUGGAGAAAGUCAAGGAGGGGAUCGAGAAAAUGUUCGACAAGCUGCUCGAUGGUUGGGACAAGUGGCUCAAAUGAUCGACACGUGUACGAAGAUUGGGACGAUAUCUUGGUUUUAACAUUUUGAGGCGAUAACGUGCUUUUAACGAAGAUUCUGGUAAUAUCUUGGUUUUAAAAGAAAUAGUGUCGAGUUGUUUUUUUAAUAGAUUUUACUAAAAUAAUGGAUAAUUCAUGAAGUUCUUUAGAAAUUAUUUCUUUUUAUUUUUCUAAAGCUUAUAAUUUGUUUUCAGAUUGAAUAAAAGUGCUCUAUAAACCUC